AUGGCCCUGUGGACGCGCCUCCUGCCCCUGCUGGCCUUGCUGUCCCUCUGGACCCCUGCCCCGACCCGGGCCUUCGUCAACCAGCACCUGUGCGGCUCCCACCUGGUGGAGGCGCUGUACCUGGUGUGCGGGGAGCGUGGCUUCUUCUACACGCCCAAGGCCCGCCGGGAGGCGGAGGACCUUCAGGGGAAGGACGCGGAGCUGGGGGAGGCGCCUGGCGCGGGCGGCCUGCAGCCCUCGGCCCUGGAGGCGCCCCUGCAGAAGCGGGGCAUCGUGGAGCAAUGCUGUGCCAGCGUCUGCUCGCUGUACCAGCUGGAGCAUUACUGCAACUAG